AUUUUCCUCGUUAAUCCCAAAUUUACACAAAAAAAAGGAGAAUGUGGUACAAGCCAGUUAGGGUGUCUGACAUUGACAAAAGUUGUUAACUGUGUUGUCCAGUACCCUUCGUGACUACCAGGGAGGAUAUCGAAUUGUCUAUCAGAUCAGUGAGAGAAGAAGAGAGCAAUGGCUGCCCAAUACGCAAAGGAGAGAGAGAGACUAGAAAAUUAGCAAUUUUAGGUUUUUUUUUUUCUCCCCUCCCCUCGUGUUUCUGUGACAUGAAUUGUGUUGUACUGUUGUUUGAUAAUUUUUUUACUAAUAAAGGUUUCAGUAGUCACGUAUAUCUAAAUCCCAAGUAGGGGAAGAGGAAGGCAGGUUCCGAAGAAUGAAACUCUGCGUUUUUAGGAUUUCCAUACACGAACCAGUACCACCAACGGCAACCGCAGCCGCAACCAUAGCUACUCACAUUGACAGAGAUGGGCAAUUGUGGUACUAGAGAGGAAUCCGCCGUUGUCUCCAAUGCUCAAGUACAACAGCUGAAUAUGCUACCAUCCUUCCCUGCUAAAGCUGGAAAUCCGUUGUCGGAUAAGAAGCACAGUCGUUCCGUCUCAGAUCUGAGCGAUCCUUCUACGCCUCGUAAAUUCGAGGACGCUAGUAAGAACGCGUUACUUUAUACUCAUGUUAUUGCAUUCACUUUGUUCGAGCUGGAGACCAUCACCAAGAGCUUCCGCUCUGAUUACAUUCUCGGCGAAGGUGGAUUUGGAACUGUUUACAAAGGCUACAUUGACGAGAAUGUGAGGGUUGGUCUCAAAUCUCUUCCUGUAGCUGUUAAGGUUCUCAACAAGGAGGGCCUUCAGGGGCAUCGUGAAUGGCUUACGGAGGUCAACUUUCUUGGCCAGCUUCGCCAUCCUAAUCUGGUUAAGUUAAUUGGAUAUUGUUGUGAAGAUGACCACAGGUUACUUGUUUAUGAAUUCAUGUUCCGCGGAAGCCUUGAGAAUCACUUGUUUCGAAAGGCAACCAUUCCGUUAUCUUGGGGCACAAGAAUGAUGAUUGCACUUGGAGCUGCCAAAGGGCUUGCUUUCCUUCACAAUGCUGAAAUGCCCAUUAUAUAUCGAGACUUCAAAACCUCUAAUAUAUUGUUGGACUCUGAUUAUACAGCCAAGCUUUCUGAUUUUGGGCUAGCAAAAGCUGGACCACAGGGCGAUGAGACCCAUGUCUCAACUAGAGUUAUGGGUACCUAUGGCUAUGCUGCCCCUGAAUAUGUAAUGACCGGCCACUUAACUGCCAGGAGUGACGUAUACAGUUUUGGAGUUGUUCUUCUAGAGCUUUUAACUGGGAGGAAAUCUGUUGACAAGACCAAACCAAGUAAGGAGCAGAGCUUGGUGGAUUGGGCCCGUCCUAAAUUGAAUGACAAGAGAAAAAUGCUGCAAAUAAUUGACCCUAGAUUGGAGAAUCAGUACUCAGUAAGAGCUGCCCAAAAAGCCUGCAGCUUGGCAUACUACUGUCUGAGCCAGAAUCCUAAAGCAAGGCCUCUGAUGAGUGAUGUAGUUGAAACUUUGGAACCUCUACAGUGCAGCAAUGGGGAAAUCUCAUCGUCAUCAAUGGCCUCAACUUUAACAGGUGGCAGAGGUUCUUAUGCAACAGGGGGAAUGCCUAAUUAUCGAAUGCAUAGGAGGUUUCCCAACAACGUUGGUCCUGUUGCUAAUUGUCGGUCUCCUGGUCCAAAUUGCUCCCCUGGUGGUCCUGCUGCAUGCAGGGUUAGAUGAAAAGUUUCAGCUCUCAUGUAUACUUGUUUGGUGUGCCUUAUCACCAACCCAUUCACAAUGAUAAACUUACUUGUGAAACCAUGGGGUGCAUUUGUUUCUUUGUACUUAAUGUAUGCAUCGGCAUGGUGAUCCCGAUCCCAUUGUUGAUAUUGCCAUUUUAACUUGUUGCUUCUGUUAACUUUGUAGUGAAAACUCUGUUCUUCCUUGAGUUCUGAAUGAUAAACAGGCGGCUGAGAUGCAAACAUCUACACUGUAUUCUGGUAGAUUGCAAUCUGGCAAAAA